AGGAUACACAGGUCCAAAGAAGCUUUGGGGCUAAGAACCAAUUCACUCUGUUUGCCACGACGAAAGGGACCGUGCCCUGUCACACCUAGCUCGCUUCCCCCCCCUCUCUCUCUCCCCUAACCUAUCUCACCCAAUCAGCACCCAUUCAUCCAACUUGUUCGAUCCUACUCGAUCUUACAUCCAACUAUUUUUUCUUCUAUGCCCACUCCAAGCUUCCUUCGAUCACAUCCAUCUUCAUUUCAUACAACUUAUAUACCAAACACACACUCAUAGAUAUGUUCAUAUAUAUAUAGAUGAAUGUUUGAUUCUGUUGAAAUUGUUCUACAACUCAUUUCUACAAAUUCCAAUUGAUCGAAAUCGCCCAAAACAAAAUUGGGUUUUUGUCGGGUAUCACUUUGCUUUCAUUGAUUACGAAAUCGCCAGUUAAUUUCGUGAAAUUUGGAUUGAGACUUUGUUUUAAUUCACUUGGCAUUUUAGUUUUUUUGAUUGAUCUAUAUAUCAGAUUAAGGAUUGGCUUUUGUGAAUUAGGGUUUGAUUGUGAUUCCAACAAAAGUGAAUUUUUCGCGAAUCAGCGGAAGCACUGGGGGCGAAUCAGUCUCGGCAGAGCCCGUCGGCGGCGGCGGCCGGUUCGGGACUAUGGUUUUUUCUUCGCCCUAGGCCUCCUCCUCGUUCCCACACUCUCGAAUACCUUCCUCACAUGGAUUUCGUAAGCCGACACGCCGCUUCUGAAUCGUCCAAACCCUCUGAAUCUUCUUCAUCAUCCACCACCUCCUCAGCCCCAUCAUCUUCUACUCCAAACCCUAUCUCACUCGAAGAACAAGAGUACUUGGCUCGGUACAUGGUUGUCAAGCAUUCGUGGCGAGGCCGGUACAAGAGAAUUCUUUGCAUAUCCAAUCUCUCCAUCAUUACUUUGGACCCUUCCACACUCUCCGUUACCAAUUCGUAUGAUGUCGGGAGAGAUUUCGAAUCGGCGGCACCGAUAUUAGGGAGGGAUGAGAAUUCAAUGGAGUUUAAUCUCAGUGUGAGGACAGAUGGUAAAGGGAAGUUCAAAGCCAUUAAACUUUCUUCAAAGUACAGGGCGAGUAUUUUGACUGAGCUGCAUAGGAUUAGAUGGAAUAGAAUUGGUCCUGUUGCAGAAUUUCCAGUACUUCAUCUCCGGAGAAGGAAUUCGGAAUGGGUUCCUCUUAAAAUGAAAAUUACUUAUGCUGGAGUUGAACUUGUGGACUCAAAAUCUGGAGAUCUUCGUUGGUGCUUGGAUUUUAGAGACAUGGAUUCCCCUGCAAUUAUAUUUCUCUCUGAUGCUUAUGGGAAAAAAAAUGUUGAGCAUGGGGGUUUUGUUCUGUGCCCUUUAUAUGGAAGAAAAUCUAAAGCCUUCCAAGCCGGUUCAGGGACUUCAAACACUGCUAUUAUAUCAAAUUUGACAAAAACUGCGAAGUCCAUGGUUGGGUUGUCACUAUCUGUGGACAGUUCUCAAUCACUCACUGCUGCCGAGUAUAUAAAGAGAAGAGCCAAGGAGGCUGUUCGAGCAGAAGAAACUCCUUGUGGGGCUUGGUCUGUGACAAGGUUGCGCUCUGCUGCCCAUGGAACAUUAAAUAUUCCGGGAUUGAGUUUGGGAGUUGGGCCUAAAGGAGGACUUGGGGAGCAAGGUGAUGCUGUAUAUCGUCAACUCAUUCUUACAAGGGUUUCACUUGUUGAAAGGCGACUAGACAACUAUGAAGCUGUUAUUGUCCGUCCCUUAUCUGCAGUAAACUCUCUUGUUCGAUUUGCUGAGGAGCCUCAGAUGUUUGCAAUCGAAUUUAAUGAUGGAUGCCCCAUUCUUGUUUAUGCUAGCACGUCUCGCGAUAGCUUGCUUGCAGCAGUUCGAGAUUUGUUGCAAACAGAAGGUCAAUGUCCAGUACCAGUACUACCAAGGUUAACAAUGCCUGGUCAUCGAAUUGAUCCUCCUUGUGGAAGAGUUCAUUUGCAAAUUAUGCAAUUUUCUGUUGGCCAGCGCCCUGUUGCUGACGUGGAAACUGCAACUACACAUUUAAAACACUUGGCAGCUUCUGCCAAGGAUGCCGUGGCUGAAGGAGGCUCUAUUCCUGGAUCAAGAGCCAAGUUAUGGCGUAGAAUAAGAGAGUUCAAUGCAUGUAUACCUUACAGUGGUGUGCCUGCUAACAUUGAAGUACCUGAAGUGACUUUAAUGGCCUUGAUUACAAUGCUCCCAGCUUCUCCAAACCUUCCUCCAGAGUCUCCUCCCUUGCCCCCCCCUUCACCUAAAGCUGCUGCAACAGUGAUGGGUUUUAUUGCAUGUUUGCGCAGAUUACUAGCAUCAAGAAGUGCUGCCUCACAUGUGAUGUCUUUUCCUGCCGCUGUUGGAAGAAUAAUGGGUUUACUUAGGAAUGGUUCUGAAGGAGUUGCUGCUGAAGCUGCUGAACUUAUUGCAGUACUUAUCGGUGGUGGUCCUGGGGACAUGAAUAUACUGACAGAUACAAAAGGAGAGUGGCAUGCUACAAUUAUGCACACGAAGUCUGUAUUGUUUGCGAAUAAUAGCAAUGUUAUUAUCCUUGUCAACAGACUAAAACCUAUGUCUGUAUCGCCGUUAUUAUCAAUGUCAGUUGUGGAGGUUCUGGAGGCAAUGAUCUGUGAACCACAUGGUGAAACUACUCAAUAUACUGUUUUUGUUGAAUUGUUACGACAAGUAGCUGGCCUGCGGCGUCGCUUGUUUGCAUUGUUUGGACAUCCUACUGAAAGUGUAAGGGAGACAGUUGCUGUUAUCAUGCGUACAAUUGCAGAAGAAGAUGCAAUUGCGGCAGAGUCUAUGCGUGAUGCUGCUUUGCGUGACGGUGCCUUGUUGCGGCAUUUGUUGCAUGCCUUCUUUCUUCCUGCUGGUGAACGUCGUGAAGUUAGCCGACAGCUUGUUGCUCUUUGGGCAGAUUCAUAUCAACCUGCUCUUGAUUUGUUAUCAAGAGUGCUGCCUCCAGGGCUUGUUGCUUAUCUGCACACACGUUCAGAUGGGGUUCCACCUGAAGAUGCACAAAAUAUGUCCAGUCAAGAAGGAUCGUCAUUGAGUAGGAGACAGAGACGGUUACUUCAGCAGAGGAAAGGUCGUGCGGGAAAAGGAAUAACAUCUCAGGGGCCUCCCAUGCCCUCAGUUAAUAAUUUUGAAGUUGAUCCAGGACAGCAGACACAUCCUGGUACUUUUAAAGGGUUAGAUAGUUACCAAAAAUCUGCAGUAGAUCCAAUUUCUGUACAGGUUCCAGCCACGAACUCUUAUGCAGUUCAUACAGGUGAUAACUUGCCUAGUGAUUUUUCCUCUACUGGUGCUCCACAAAUAGAUUAUUCAGCAGCUGUGGCUUCACCUGAUGUUCCGGCAAUGAAUACAAAUGAGCCUGUUGAAUCAAAUGCAUCAGACUCAGUUGAUUCUGAUCCAAAUGUGGUUGGCUUCCAGAACACAGGCAUUCCCGCUCCUGCUCAGAUUGUUGUGGAGAACACACCUGUUGGAUCUGGUAGGUUACUUUGUAACUGGCCUGAAUUUUGGCGAGCUUUUAGCCUUGAUCACAAUCGUGCGGACUUGAUCUGGAAUGAGCGGACUAGGCAGGAGUUGGACAGGCCUUCACCUGAUGUUCCGUCAAUGAAUACAAAUGAGCCUGUUGAAUCAAAUGCGUCAGACUCAGUUGAUUCUGAUCCAAAUGUGGUUGGCUUCCAGAACACAGGCAUUCCCGCUCCUGCUCAGAUUGUUGUGGAGAACACGCCUGUUGGAUCUGGUAGGUUACUUUGUAACUGGCCUGAAUUUUGGCGAGCUUUUAGCCUUGAUCACAAUCGUGCGGACUUGAUCUGGAAUGAGCGGACUAGGCAGGAGUUGAGACAGGCAUUGCAGGCAGAGGUUCAUAAUCUAGAUGUUGAGAAAGAACGCACUGAAGAUAUAGUUCCUGGAGGUUCAACUGUGGAGAUUAUGACUGGGCAAGAUAGUGUUCCUCAGAUUUCGUGGAACUACUCUGAAUUUUCUGUUAGCUAUCGUAGCUUAUCCAAAGAAGUUUGUGUGGGUCAAUAUUAUCUGCGUUUGCUGCUUGAGACUGGCAAUAGUGGCAGGGCUCAGGAUUUUCCAUUGCGUGACCCAGUUGCUUUCUUUAGGGCUCUGUAUCAUCGCUUCCUAUGUGAUGCUGACACAGGACUUACUGUAGAUGGUGCUGUUCCUGAUGAAAUGGGUGCAUCUGAUGAUUGGUGUGAUAUGGGAAGAUUAGAUGGUUUUGGAGGAGGGGGAGGCUCCUCAGUCAGAGAGCUUUGUGCAAGGGCAAUGGCAAUUGUAUAUGAGCAACAUUAUAAAACAAUCGGCUCUUUUGAAGGCACUGCUCAUAUUACAGUUCUUUUGGAUAGGACUGAUGAUAGAGCUUUGAGGCACCGUCUUCUUCUUCUUAUGAAGGUUUUGAUGAAGGUUUUAUCAAAUGUAGAGGCUUGUGUUUUGGUUGGAGGGUGUGUUUUAGCUGUUGAUCUGCUAACAUCAGUUCAUGAAGCUUCAGAAAGAACUGCUAUUCCUCUACAAUCUAAUUUGAUAGCUGCUUCUGCUUUCAUGGAACCACUUAAGGAAUGGAUGUUUAUUGACAAGGAAGGUGUACAAGUUGGACCCCUGGAGAAGGAUGCUAUCAGAAGGUUCUGGUCAAAGAAAGCUAUUGUUUGGACAACACGGUGCCGGGCUUCUGGGAUGUCAGAUUGGAAGAGAUUACGAGAUAUACGUGAACUUCGUUGGGCUCUGGCUGUUCGGGUUCCCGUUCUCACUCCAAUCCAGGUAGGGGAGGCUGCAUUGUCCAUUUUACACAGCAUGGUUUCUGCACAUUCAGAUUUAGACGAUGCCGGAGAGCUAGUUACACCAACACCUAGAGUAAAGCGGAUGUUGUCAAGUCCUCGUUGCCUUCCACAUAUUGCACAGGCUAUGCUUACUGGGGAGCCAAGUGUUGUAGAGGGUGCUGCUGCUUUGCUGAAGGCUGUUGUCACCAGAAAUCCCAAGGCAAUGAUAAAGUUAUACAGUACAGGCGCAUUUUAUUUUGCUCUAGCAUACCCUGGUUCUAAUCUCCUCUCAAUUGGCCAACUCUUUUCUGUGACUCAUGUCCAUCAAGCGUUUCAUGGUGGUGAAGAAGCUGCAGUUUCCUCUUCAUUGCCAUUGGCAAAACGUAGUGUGUUGGGUGGGCUUCUCCCUGAGUCCUUGCUGUAUGUAUUGGAACGAAGUGGUCCAGGUGCAUUUGCGGCAGCAAUGGUUUCUGAUUCUGACACUCCAGAAAUCAUAUGGACUCACAAAAUGAGGGCUGAGAAUCUGAUCCGCCAGGUUUUGCAGCAUCUGGGUGACUUUCCCCAGAAACUAUCCCAACAUUGCCAUUCUUUAUAUGAUUAUGCUCCUAUGCCACCAGUGACUUAUCCUGAGUUAAGGGAUGAAAUGUGGUGUCACCGUUAUUACCUGCGAAACUUGUGUGAUGAGAUUCGAUUUCCAAAUUGGCCAAUUGUUGAACAUGUUGAGUUCCUACAGUCAUUGCUGGUAAUGUGGCGUGAGGAGUUGACACGGAGACCUAUGGAUCUUUCUGAAGAAGAAGCUUGCAAAAUUCUAGAAAUAUCCUUGGAUGAUGUAUCUAGAGAUGAUGCCAGCAGCAAACAUUCUGUAGAGAUGGCUGAGGAGAUUCCUAACAUAUCCAAACAAAUUGAGAACAUUGAUGAAGAAAAACUAAAGCGACAAUACAGAAAACUUGCGAUGAAAUAUCAUCCAGACAAAAAUCCUGAAGGGAGGGAGAAGUUUCUUGCUGUGCAGAAAGCUUAUGAACGUCUGCAGGCUACCAUGCAAGGGUUGCAAGGUCCCCAACCAUGGAGGUUGCUGCUACUAUUGAAGGGGCAAUGCAUUUUGUACAGACGAUAUGGGUAUGUAUUGGAGCCAUUUAAAUACGCUGGAUAUCCCAUGCUGUUGAAUGCAGUCACCGUGGACAAGGAUGACAACAAUUUUCUUGCUUCUGAUAGAGCACCUCUCCUUGUUGCAGCCUCAGAGCUCAUUUGGCUGACGUGUGCAUCUUCUUCACUUAAUGGUGAAGAGCUUGUGAGAGAUGGUGGAAUACAGCUUCUUGCUACUCUUCUCUCCCGUUGCAUGUGUGUUGUUCAGCCAACAACCCCUGCAAGUGAACCGUCUGCCAUUAUCGUUACAAAUGUGAUGCGGACAUUUUCUGUCUUAAGUCAGUUUGAAAGUGCCAGAGCUGAGAUACUUGAAUUUUCUGGACUAGUUCAGGACAUUGUUCACUGCACUGAACUUGAGCUUGCACCUGCUGCUGUUGAUGCUGCCCUUGAGACUAUUGCGCGUGUUUCUGUCUCCUCUGACUUACAAACAGCCUUACUAAAGGCUGGUGUGUUAUGGUUCCUUUUGCCGUUGUUGCUCCAAUAUGAUUCAACUGCGGAGGACUCUGACGUGACAGAGGCACAUGGUGUUGGUGCUAGUGUUCAAGUCGCGAAGAAUUUUCAUGCUAUACUGGCGUCUCAGGCUUUGUCAAGGCUUAGUGGUUUGGGUACAAAUGAUAGUUCAACACCAUAUAAUCGGGCUGCAGUUGAUGCCCUCAGAGCUUUGCUGACUCCUAAACUUUCCAGUAUGCUAAAAGAUCCAUUACCAAAAGAACUAUUGUCUAGAUUAAACGCCAACUUGGAGUCACCAGAGAUUAUUUGGAACUCCUCAACACGAGCAGAAUUAUUAAAAUUUGUGGACCAGCAGCGUGCAAGCCAAGGUCCAGAUGGUUCAUAUGACCUGAACGAUUCACAUGUCUUUGUUUACGAAGCACUAUCGAAAGAACUAUUUGUUGGCAAUGUGUACUUGAGGGUCUAUAAUGAUCAACCAGAUUUUGAGAUUAGUGAACCGGAAGCCUUCUGUUUUGCACUUGUUGAUUUUAUAUCAUGUCUAGUGCACAAUCAGCAUUCUACAGAUUCAGGUGGUCAGGUGAUUGAAUCAUCCCCAGAGACAACUAAGGUUGAAUCAUCCCCAGAGACAACUGAGGUUCAAACCAAUUCUGCCAAUGGAUCAAUGAAUGGACAGCAUGUUGCUGAUGAUUCUUCAGCAGUCUCUGAUGGAAAAGUGAUGAGCAAUGAGGAAUUAGAACUUGUUAAGAAACUUCAAUUUGGAUUAACUUCUCUUCAGAACUUACUGACGAGCGACCCAAAGUUGGCAUCUGUAUUUUCUACUAAAGAAAAGCUGUUACCACUGUUUGAAUGUUUUUCUGUUCCUGUUGCAUCUAAAAGCAACAUUCCUCAACUUACUUUGAUUGUAUUUUCGCUCUUGACGGCACAUGCUCCUUGUUUGGAGGCUAUGGUUGCAGAUGGAUCUAGUCUUCUGCUUUUGUUACAAAUGCUUCACUCUUCACCUAAUUGUCGUGAAGGGGUGCUUCAUGUUCUUUAUGCCUUGGCAAGCACUCCAGAACUAGCUUGGGCAGCUGCCAAGCAUGGUGGAGUGGUGUACAUUCUCGAACUUCUCCUUCCUUUGCAAGAGGAAAUUCCCCUACAGCAAAGAGCAGCAGCUGCCUCUUUGUUGGGCAAGCUUGUUGGGCAGCCAAUGCAUGGGCCCAGAGUGGCCAUAACACUUGCAAGGUUUCUGCCUGACGGCCUAGUAUCUGUUAUUAGGGAUGGACCUGGUGAAGCUGUUGUGUCUGCACUUGAACAAACAACAGAGACUCCAGAGCUUGUAUGGACUCCGGCAAUGGCAGCUUCUUUGUCUGCACAAAUUGCAACCAUGGCAUCAGAUCUAUAUCGUGAACAGAUGAAAGGUCGUGUUGUUGAUUGGGAUGUACCUGAGCAAGCAUCUGGUCAACAAGAAAUGAGAGAUGAACCACAGGUUGGUGGAAUCUAUGUCAGGCUAUUUUUGAAAGAUCCUAAAUUUCCUCUUAGAAACCCAAAGAGAUUUUUGGAAGGACUAUUAGAUCAAUAUCUAUCGUCCAUUGCUGCCACGCAUUAUGACCAAGCUGUUGAUCCUGAGCUUCCUCUGCUUCUGUCAGCUGCAUUGGUGUCGUUACUGCGAGUACACCCUGCACUCGCAGAUCAUGUUGGGUAUCUUGGAUAUGUGCCAAAACUCGUGUCUGCAGUGGCCUAUGAAGGAAGACGAGAAACAAUGGCAUCUGGGGAGACGAAAAAUGGCAGCUAUGCUGAUGGAACAUAUGAAACCGAGGACAGUUCGAUGCAGCCAAGUUCACCAACUCCACAAGAACGUGUGCGCCUCAGUUGUUUACGAGUUCUGCAUCAACUUGCAGCAAGUACUACUUGUGCUGAAGCUAUGGCGGCGACCAGUGUAGGAACACCUCAGGUUGUUCCGCUUCUAAUGAAAGCUAUUGGAUGGCAAGGUGGAAGCAUACUAGCUCUGGAGACACUAAAGCGUGUUGUGGUUGCUGGAAAUCGAGCUAGGGAUGCACUUGUUGCACAAGGACUUAAGGUUGGUCUUGUUGAGGUACUUCUUGGCCUUCUUGAUUGGAGGGCUGGGGGAAGAAAUGGACUUUGCUCUCAGAUGAAGUGGAAUGAAUCCGAAGCAUCCAUUGGGCGGGUGCUUGCUAUUGAGGUUUUGCAUGCAUUUGCAACGGAGGGGGCCCAUUGUACUAAAGUGCGUGAACUUUUAAAUGCAUCCAAUGUUUGGAGUGCAUAUAAAGACCAAAAGCAUGACCUAUUCCUUCCUUCAAAUGCUCAGUCAUCAGCUGCUGGAGUCGCUGGUCUAAUCGAGAGUUCCUCUUCUAGGCUUACUUAUGCCCUUACAGCUCCUCCACCGCAACCGAACAUGGUGAAACCUCCUUCCUCAGUCACAUCUGACUCUAAUGGAAAUCACAAUCGGCUUUCAUAAUCAAGAAAGAAUGGAACUACAUAUACAGCCAUUGUAUAAUGGAAAAUUUGGAUGUGCUUUCAUUGUAGAAAGAAUGAAGAACGAUAUAUCAUCAUGAUGAUAUGAUGAAAGUGAUCAGUGAGUCAUUUUAGUAAUUUGUACAGCCCACUGUACAGUUUUAUUCUCUCUCUCUCUCUCUCUCUCUCUCUUGGGGCAGAUGGGGAGAUUUUUUUAGAGAAGUCCCAAGCGAGAUUAGUGCUGUCUUUUGAUGUAAAGUGGAUCUAACAUUUGUAAAUCAUUUCUAUUUGCCCAGUUUUCCUACAUAUAUAUAUAUAUAGUUGAGGUGAUUUUGGUGAAUU